AGAUAGUGUCCAUUGAGUUAGUGUGACCUGGGCGAAGGUACAAAGAGGAGGGAAAGCCGAGACGUCCUCGGAGAUUUACUAUAUAUAGUUAUAUGGGUACUUACAUCAAAGCUCAAUGAAUGGAUGUGAGGAAGAAGUGUUCGGGCAGGAGGUCGCGGAGCAGCUUCCUCUUCGCCAGGACCAACAGGACGUGUUGGAGACAUGUAUCACCACGAACCACCGCCCUAAGGAUAGCUUGAUCCCAGAAUCGUCCCUAAUCUGUGCCAACCACCAUCUGAAAAAUGGAACAGGGGGAGAGAAUGAUUGCAAAGAAACAAGGAAUUCAAACGAAGGAGAUGAGAACCCAAGACCAGAAACGGAGACGGAGACGCCGGACCAAAGUCGAGACCAGAAUGGGUCUGAGGGAUGGUGUGAGACUGAGACCGCGAGGGCCAUUAUGAGAGAGGAGAGCAUCCCGCAGCUGUUUGUGAGCAUCCAGACUGGAAGUGUGCGGGAAGUUACGUCACUCCUGGAGCAACAGCCGUGCAUUGUGAACAGCCCCAGGUAUGGUGGUCUGGCUCCCAUACAUUACGCGUGCCACAAGCAGAAUAUUCGGAUACUCAGAGUUUUGCUCGAUCAUGGAGCCAAGAUAGGAUCCAUGGACACCCUCGGAAACACCCCUUUGCACUUGGCUGUGAACGACACUUGGAUUGACGGCGUGUCGGAGCUCCUGAAGCGAGGGGCGUCUCCGAAUGCCAAGAACGCCCCGCCCUCCACGAUCAAGGAAGUGGUUGUUGAGACGCCCCUUCAUGCUGCGAUACGCCGGCGGGACACGGCAUCAGUAACGCUGAUGAUGGAACAUGAACCCGACCUUAGCAUUUUGGAUGGGAAUAACUGCUCUGUGCUGCACUUGGCCGCCCAGACACGUAAUCUGGAGCUGGUAAGGAAGCUGGUGAAUCAACCAACAGCUGUCAAGGAAUGUAACAAUAAGGACAAAAACGGCCGGACGGUCCUCCUCGCCGUGCUGUCUGAAAAGUGUGAUGAGGAUUCCGAACUCCUGGUCAUUGAGCUGAUUAAGAUUCUGUCUAGAUCCGUCGUAGAUAUUAAUGCUACCAAUUAUGUGGGGGAGACACCUUUGUUUCUGGCCUCUCGCUACGGCCUGAGCAGAGUCGUUGAACUUCUGCUCUCUCUGGGAUCGGAUCCGACCAUCCUGACAACCUGGAAGCAAUCUGUCCUUCAUGCUGCAUGUCUCUCUGGCUCCUCAGACACACUUGACAUUCUUCUGCAGAGGGAUGAUUUGAAGAAUAUGGUCACUGUGGUUGACAAUGAUAAAUGUAGAGCUUUUGAUUAUGCAGUUAGAAGUUGGUCUGUCCAUUGUUGUUACCUUCUGUUAAUCAACGGUGAACACCUCGCCAAUAUCAAGGAUGGCGUGUCGAACUGCGAGCUGAUGCUCGAACAUCUCCCUUCGGCUUCACAGGUCCUGAAGAAACUAUUUAAUUCUCACGUUCAUAUGUCAGAAGAGUCUCUGCAUGACCCAGACUUCAGCAUUACAUUUGAUUAUUCGGCCCUUCUCUCGGAGGAAAAGGGGACCAUUCAGUGUUCCGUAGUAUCAGAAUUAGUACAUUCCCCUUCUGAAGAUCUGAUCAAACAUCCUCUCCUGGAAAGCUUCUUAUACGUCAAGUGGUGCUGCAUUCAAAAGUACUUCUACACCGGCGUCUUGAUGUACUUCAUUUUCCUAAUCCUUCACACCUCUUACGUUAUGCUCACCUUCGGGAAUUCGCCGAUAGACUGGAACAAACACAUUGCUAUGUUGUGGACUUUUCGAGCAGGACACAUCUUAUUUUACAUUAUUCUUCUCUUCCCGAACGUUAUUAUGGUAAUUGCCAACUUUAGGAAAUAUAGCAAACAAGUGGAAACUCUAAUAAGACUUGUGACGUUUAUCAGUUCAGCUGUUGUAGUUUUCUCACCAACUAUAGACUACAAAGCCUUGGAGGAGAUUGCCAUUAGUAAAAACAUGGUAUCCCCAAAUGACCCUUCUGCCUACCUACCAAUGACGACGGAGAGACAAAUGGCCGCAGUUUCGGUUUUCUUUGUGUGGGUUGAGCUUAUGAUGCUUCUUGGACGCUACCCGAUGCUAGGUACUUACAUUCUGAUGUUCUCUGGUGUGGCUAAGUCUAUGAUGAAGUUCCUGUUUUCUUUUGUAUUCCUUCUUUUUGGAUUUUCUUUUAGUUUCCACAUCUUGUUUCAAAAACUAUCGGUUUUUAAGACAUUUCCCCUCUCAUUCGUUAAAACAUUGAUGAUGAUGAGUGGAGAGAUAGCAUUUAGUGAGUUCGUUCUGGCAAUGGAUGUGCCUCUUUCUGGACUGGUUUUCCUGUCCUUAUACUUAUUCAUAGUGGCUAUCCUGUUAGCCAACCUCUUCAUUGGUUUAGCUGUUAAUGACAUUCCGAGCCUACAGAAGCGAGGCAGAAUCCACAGGUUGGCAAAAGAAGCCUCAUAUAUCGUGGCUUUCGAGAAGCUGCUUUUGGUGCUAAAGAGCCGAACGUCCUUUCCCCGCCCUCUUCUCCAGCUAGUAGCUCGCAGGUGCAGGAUCAAGCCGAAGGUUAAAGUCUUCCCCAAUAAAAAGGAGACUAUUGUUACUCGCGAGAAUAUUCGAGAGGCCAUAAAUCUUCGUAACCUGGACGUUCCUAAAGAAGAAACUUAUACCUUUGACGAUCACAGUGUUUCUAGUUUAUGCCUCAAGAGCGGCCAAAAACAAUAUGCAGAAGAGAUUACCGCAUUAAAAAGUAGAAUUGAUGAACUUGUUAAAUGUUGCAACAGAACACAGCAGCAACUAAGUCUUAUGCAUCAACUGUUGGAUACUCACAUGGGACAGAUGUCUCUGCAACUUCAGCAACAUCAGCGAACUAUGCAGGAAAUAUAUGACCGGUCUUUUUGAGAAAACGGAACGAUCCAGUCUGACAGCCCGCACUGAGAGGCAUUUGCUCUAAGACUAGUGCUUCCCAAAAUUCAAUUCAUGUACCUCUUGACUACCUUGUAUUUUUAUUAUGAUUUCUGUGCCAAACCAUUUGUUAUCCCCAAAACCACAGCCCUCAUCACUACCAUAAUCAUGGCCAUCACCAUUCACCUGUUCACCACAGUCCUCACCACGGUUACCACCACCACGGAUAUCACCACACAACCCACAUUAAGGACCGGUCACACUCAUAUAUUCUGUCCAGGGAUCCCUUUACAGAGCUGGACGUUUCCCUAGCUGUAAACGGAUCGGAUAUGAAAAUCCCUCUACAGCGCGAAAACGCUAUGUCGGUAUUCUAUCCCUCCCUAGAGCUUUAAGAUAUCAAAACUAUAAUAUAAUUACUGGUAAACUCAUUACAUAGAAUCUUACAAAGAAUAAUUAUAUAUGAUAAAAACAAAAUUAAUCAUUAAAUACAAUGAUAUAUUGCAUCGAACAAUGAUACACCAUUAAAUGGUUAUAGAUAAUUCCAAUAAACGUUCAUUUGACUAACAAACAUAAUUAUUAACCCACACCGUCACGCCAAAAACAUGGAUCUCUCAUCGGAAGUUAUUAAACCCGUAUUGGAUAUAGUGAGAGCCAAAGAGCCAUUGUGUAAUACCAUUCAUUAAGUGUAUAAAAACAGGAAUUUGAAGAGAACAUUAAUGAAUGGAUUAAGCAAUGUUUUAAGCCCCUAUAAACAUCCUGAAUAGAAAGCGCCAUUGUUUACUGUUAUGAACGCUGAACUGAGACGAUGGUUCUCUCUGAAGGAACACUGAAUGCAGUGUGACCAAUCCCUCUCUGUAGCUGAUUAGACUUCGGCGAUCCUAUCUAGGGAUCCUAGGACAGAAGAGAUUAGUGUGACCUUCGCUUUAACCAUCACCAUGACCAACACGGAAAUUAUCGCCGACACUACCCAUGUUUGCCUCAGUCUAAUCCAUACUUACAUCGAUCGAAAUCUUUGUUAUUGAUAAUUAGUAAUUACUGAUCUAAUUCAAAGUAAUACCUAUGAUAAGUAAAUAUUGUACAGAGCAUGUGUAAUCUACUAACUCUCAUGGAAAUUUAACGAAUUCCCUAGGAUUGGAACAUUGUAUAAAUAUGGUUUAUGGUAAGUGUAAUGAUAAUGUAUUUAUUAUUAUUAUUAUUAUUAUUACUCCAAUAAAUUUUAGACAUGCUUAA